AUGCCUGCUCUCAGCACAGCAUUGCAAGACCCCCAAGGAACCACAGCUGUUUCACAUACAAGUGCAGCAUCGUUUACUUUGGCAAGCUCUGAUCAUCUCAAAACUCCUAUCAGCCACUCCCCCAACGCCCAUGUCGAAGGGCUUCAGAGCCGAAUUCAACAACUUGAGGAGCAGCUAUCCGAAGCCAUCUCAGGGACGAUGACUUCUCGGGCGACCACUACCAUGGAAACAACAAGUUCCCGUCUCGGCGGAACAUUCCACUUCAAUCUAGAAGGUCGUACAACGGACACAGCGCAAGGUGUUUCCCGCAGUGUUAUGCACAAGAAACGUAUGUUUGGUCAGAGCCACUGGCUUAAUUUUCGUGACACCUGGGAGAUGAUCGACUGCCAUCUCCAAGAGGAAACAUCGAAAACUUUCUCAGGAUUGCAAGAAUGUAAAUCCCUGGCUAGAGCCAUAAAAUUUGGUAGGUCACCACUGUGGCCCUUAUUGCCUACGGUAGAUCUGCCUUCGAAAGACAUUUGUGAUGAGCUUCUCGACUGCUACCUCCAGACAACGGAGUUGGUUUAUAGGAUACUACAUGUUCCUACUUUCAGAAAGGAGUACGAUGAACUUUGGAUAGCGGGUCGUGAGACUCAAGGCACUUUUCGAGUCCAACUGAAGUUAGUCCUUGCCAUCGGAGCUGCCACAUACGACGAUAAAUUUUCCAUGCGUACAUCUGCCAUCAAGUGGGUAUACGAGGCACAAACUUGGUUAACAAGGCCGGAAGGCAAAUCACACCUUGAUGUAGGUCGCUUGCAGACCAGAAUCUUACUAUUGAUCGCUCGAGAGAUAGUAGAUAUUGGUGGUGACUCAACCUGGAUCCUGUCUGGUGAUUUAUACAGAAGAGCCAUGAACGCUGGGUUGCACCGCGAUCCUUCUUCUCUACCAACAACAACGGUAUUCGUAACUGAGAUGCACCGUCGCUUGUGGAACUCGAUUUUGGAAAUCUGCAUCCAGUCGAGCAUGACUUGCGGAGGGCCACCGUUGAUUUCGCUCGACGACUUCAACACUCAACCUCCUUCCAAUCUAGACGAUGACCAGUUAACAACUAAUGAACCUAUUCCAAAACCAGAAGAGGAAAUGAGUCAAGUCUCUAUCGCCAUAGCGCUGCGGAAGACCUUUCCAAUUCGUCUCGCAAUUGCAAAGUUCCUCAACGACCUUCAUUCCAAUGGUACAUACGAGGAAACUAUCUGCCUUGAUAAACAAUUCAGAGCAUGCUACAAGGUAUUGUGUCGGACGGUUCAGGGUCCAAAAUCGAACACUGGGUCCUCCACCGUUCAACCCGAGGUAUAUGUGGUGGAAUUUGUAAUGUCCCGGUACUUGUCAUCCCUUCACACGCCCUUCUUCGGACGUAGCUUGUAUGAGACUUCCUAUGCAUAUUCUAGGAAGGCAGUGGUUGAGAAUUCGCUCAAGAUCUGGCGCGCAUCCCAAACGUCUCCUCUUAAUCGCCUCGCAGUCUGCGGCUCAGGAUUCUAUGAAACUGUCGCUUUCCAAGCCGCAUUGCUCGUAGCCGUAGAAAUCAGAACACAAUUGCAAGAAGAAGAAAGCCUUGGGCCCGUAUCUCUUCGACCAGAUCUGGUUGCUGUCGUAGAUAAUGCAAGAACUUGGUGUCUACAGCGCAUCAAAUCCGGCGAAACCAACAUUAAAGGCUAUUUACUUAUACACGUGGUCACCGCACAGAUUGAUGCACUUCGAAAAGGUGUAGACAGGAACGCAAUGCCAAGCAUAUUGGUUCAAGCGACACAAGAUGUUGAAGAUGUUUGCUUGCCGAUACUGGAGGAGAUGGCGUCGCAGGCUCAGGUCGAAGAAAACGCGGAUGGUCUAGCAGAUAUGAGUUUCGGUGCCUCGGUUAGGGGGACUGAGGAUUGGGGUUUCAUGAUGUCAGAUCCUAUGUUCAUUUCGGAGAAUUCGAAUCCAUUGAGUUGGAUGUUUGAUGACGAGUUUCGGUAG